AGUGCGGUAGCAGCUUGUCUCUGCUUCACUCCACUGCUGCUGCUGGUCUUGACACACGUGCGUUCAUGUCCAAAGCGAAACAGAAACGAGCGAAGCGGCUCGGAUUUUGUGGCAAAAAGGCUAAAGAUGGACAGCAGACAAACUCUCAAGGAGGCAGAAGAGAUCCUGGUCUGCCUAAUGUCCGAGCCUUUAAAGAACACCACCAAAAACAAGAUGAGCUCAGACAAAAAAGGCUGGAAGAGCAGCAGGAGAGGCAGAAGUUGUCCAGAGAGAGGGAGCUCAUGAAGAGAAGAAGUCUUGACAGCUUCCAAAAAGACAUCCAGCAACGACAGAGAGGCUUCGACAAAAGGGAAAUAGAAAUGCAGAAUUUAGAAAAGCAUGUCAAUUUUGAAAAUGAGAAUUCACGGAAGGCAUACUACAGAGAAUUUAAAAAAGUGAUUGAAGCUGCUGACGUUAUUUUGGAAGUUCUGGAUGCCAGAGAUCCUUUAGGCUGUCGCUGUCCACAGGUUGAGCAGGCUGUGGUCCAGAGUGGAACAAACAAAAAAGUUGUUCUUGUCCUUAAUAAAAUUGACUUGGUGCCCAAGGACAUUGUGGAAAAGUGGAUUAAGUAUCUUCGCAAUGAAUUCCCCACUGUGGCCUUCAAAGCAUCAACACAGCAGCAGAACAAGAACUUGAAGCGAAGCCAUGUGCCAGUAACCCAGGCCACACCUGAGCUGCUUGGCUCCAGUGCGUGUGUGGGGGCCGAAUGUCUAAUGAAGCUGCUGGGAAACUACUGCCGCAGCCAGGACAUCAAAACCACCAUAACUGUUGGAGUGGUGGGUUUUCCUAAUGUUGGAAAGAGCAGUUUAAUUAACAGUUUGAAGCGGGCACGAGCAUGCAGUGUAGGAGCAACUCCUGGAGUAACAAAGUGUCUACAGGAGGUACAUUUAGACAAACACAUCAAACUGCUGGACUGUCCUGGAAUUGUUAUGGCAACGUCAACCAGUGAUGCUGCGAUGAUCCUGCGGAACUGUGUGAAGAUCGAACAGUUGGUGGAUCCAGUCCCAGCCAUUGAAGCCAUAUUAAGACGCUGCAGUAAAAAACAGAUCAUGGAGCAUUAUGGCGUUCCAGACUUUCACACUGCUCUGGAGUUUCUGGCGCUUCUGGCCCGUCGCCAGGGAAAACUGCGGAAGGGUGGUUUACCUGACAUUGACAAAGCUGCCAAGAGCGUCCUAAUGGACUGGACAGGAGGACGUAUCAGCUACUUCACACACCCUCCAGAAACACACACACUACCCACACACGUCAGCGCGGAGAUUGUUGCUGAGAUGGGCAAGGAGUUUGACUGGGAUGAACUGGAGAAGGGCAAUCAGGAGACUUUGGCUGAAUGUAACUCUGUGGAUAUGGAGAUUGGCUUCUGCAUGGCUACCUUAGGAGUGACUCAGGCAGGUCAGGAAGAGCCAACAGAGUUAGAAUUGGAAGUCGAGGAAGAAACAGAUGCGCAAGAAAUAAAUGAGUCUAUGGAUGCAGAUCAGGAUCCAGAGUUUGGACGUAUGACGGUAGAGCUCAAAGAAACGAGAACAAAAUCUGGCGGAGCUGUGGAGACUCAGGCACCGAAACCUGUGGAUUUAAGAGAGAUCCUGGAUGUUGAUCCACUUCAGCAGGGCCAGGCACUUCUUGCUGCUAGCAAGAAGAGAAAGAAACAGCAAAAAAGAGCAGAUAAACUUGCCACCAAACUCUCCGAUUCUCUCACAUCAGCCAUGAAUUUCGCCUUUUUGGAUAGCUGAAAUUACAAGAAAUUCUUGGAAGGAACAUUACUUUGAACACUGCUGCUUAUAUACACUUUUGGCAUGUAUAUUCAAAUUACGUACAUGGUGUUGAAAGCCAAUAAAAAAUGAAUUGCUGAUUCUUA